AGCAUAUAAAAUCUCAGCACAUAUAUAUAUCCAGAGCAUGAAAAAAAGGAAGCAUUUCACCACUUCCAUCAAAUAAAAAAAAGCAAUGAUCACCCUAACUGAUGUCUACCAUGUUAUUGCAUCGAUAAUCCCCCUCUAUGUCGCCAUGACUGCAGCGUUGCUGUCGAUAAAAUGGUGGAAACUAUUUACACCAGAUCAGUGUUCCGGCAUCAACAAAUUUGUUGCAAAUUUUUCAAUCCCCCUUUUAUCUUUCAAGGUAAUCUCAUCAAACAAUCCUUAUAAGAUGAACCUGAAACUGGUAUCUGCUGAUUUCCUUCAAAAGUUUCUUGCUCUCAUCAUACUGGCUGCAAUAGCCAAAAUAAGAUCCAGAGGGAGCCUGAGUUGGGUGAUAACGGGUCUCUCCUUGUCGACAUUGCCUAAUACAUUGAUAUUAGGACUCCCACUGAUAGAGGCUAUGUAUGGGAAAGAAGCAUCAACCCUCCUGGCCCAAAUAGUUGUAUUACAAAGCCUUAUUUGGUACAACCUUCUGUUAGUUCUUUUUGAGAUUAAUGCUACAGAGGAAUCCAUCAAUGCAACAUCAUCUUCAGAAGUAACAGGAGCAGUGGAGAGUCCACAAAGAGCAGAAGCAAUGAAUGUAGACGAGAAAGAUGAAGGAAUCAAAGAUCUGAGGAAAAGAAACAUAAAAAUUAUUAUCUCAACAGUAGGAAAGAAGCUUAUCAGAAAUCCCAACACAUAUGCCACCUUUGUUGGCAUUUUAUGGGCAUGCAUACAUUUCAGGUGGUCAGUAAAAUUGCCUAAAAUAAUUGAAAAUUCAGUUACACUAUUGUCAGAUGGAGGACUUGGAAUGGCUAUGUUCAGCUUAGGCCUAUUCAUGGCUUCACAACCCAGAGUGAUUGCCUGUGGUACCAGAAAAGCAGUAUUAGCCAUGGCGAUGAAGUUUCUAGUAGGCCCAUUGCUCAUGUCCGUGCCCUCAUUAGCACUUGGACUAAGAGGAACAUUACUUAAAGUUGCAAUUGUGCAGGCCGCUCUCCCUCAGGGGAUAGUUCCGUUUGUGUUUGCAAAGGAGUAUAAUCUACAUCCAGCUAUUCUAAGCACCGGGGUUAUAUUUGGUUUGCUCAUCGCUGUUCCAAUUGGAUUAGCAUACUACUUCCUGCUGGAUUUAUAAAGAAAGGUACUGCUGGCAACUAGGGAGAAUUAUUUCAAAUGCAUUUGGAACAAAUCUAUAGUUGAGUGUCAUUUAUUUGUAGCUAUAUUUGGUUGAUCAAUGCAGUAUAGGUUUUAGGUUGA